AUGGCAAAGAGACGUAUGGAAGUGGACCACACGACAUACACAUCGGCGACUUUUGAAAUUGAAUAUUCGAACGCGCUAGCCAAUUGCGCCACGGAGGAUGUUGCUCUCGGCAUUCAUCUCGCUCUUCUUCAUAAACAUCACAUAUUACACGGGACGAGCUAUGUCAUCCAUCUUGGUCGCCAACAACGUUUGACAGAAGAAACGACACCCAGCACGCCACUCCCUCCAUCACCAUCCAGAAAAUUCUACAUCUCCUCUUCAUGGAGUCCCGAUAUCCAGCUCACAAGUCUCUUGGAAGGGCGGGCGAACGUUGGCUCGACCAUACAUAUGGAGAACCCCGGAUUCUUCACAUACCAGCAGCACUCCCGGUUGGUGUACAUACGGGAGGAUGCGCAUUCAUCCUACGUACGCGGCUGUGCCUCAUCUCUGCAUAUCAACCCCGCCCGGACUACAAAUAGCCGGUGCUUGUUUCUUCGGCUUUUUAUACCAGUUCCAGCAUACAUCGGUGACGGUCUUGGAUCUUUCGUGCCGUCCCGACCAUCCAUUCGUUCUAUGUGGCCUUCCAUCCGACCCGCCGCCAACGCCGUGAAUGAUACCCACGGGUGUUCUGGAUGA